CUUAUAGUUAUAUGGUCGAAGAUAAAAUCACAGAAUCACAAAAAUAUUAUGAUAGUAGUUUUCGUAAUAAAUAAUGAUCGUAAUAUAUUGAUAACAUAAAUGCAUAAUUUUUUGUUGAAAGAAGUGUUUUUAAUUUAAAAAUAUACCAAUCUUUUAUUUGUUAUUACGAUUAGAUAUGCUUUAUAUUAAUUAAAACAAUUUUUACCAUUUAAUAGCCAAAGUUUCUAAAAUGUUUGGUACUCUAAGAGAAAAAUUACACAGCGUUGUUCAGGAAGGAUUAUCAGCAAGGUAAAUAUUAUUGUAUUAUUGUGAUUAUUAUUUUUUCAUAUUGUACUCAAUAAAAGUUAUGAAUUGGAAAAGCUUUUUUUCAUUAUGUUAUUGUUACGUAAAUUUAAAAUUUUAUUUAGUCACUUAUGGUAUUAAAAUACACCCCAAGGUUAUUUUAUUAAAUGUACCUACCUACCCUACUUUACCUAACUAUUCAAUAAAACGCAAUUCAAAUCUCAGCAAUAUAUAUUUUGUUUACAUCUCCCCAUCUAUUUUUUAACUAUUUGUUGGCCAUUCAAUUGUGUAGUAUUUAUAGUUAUUUACAAAAAUGUUACUGUUGUAAUUUUAUAAUUAUCAUAUUACUCUUAUAAAAUCUUAAUAAUAAAAAAAAUAAAUAUAGUUUCUAUGAUUUUUUUUUUGAUAAAUUUGUUUUAAACUUAAUAUUGAUACUUAUUGCUUAACACAACUUAUACUCUUUAGUAACAUGUAUUAAAAGUAACAGUCACACUCGUAUUCCUAUAAGUAUUAGAUAUAUUAUUUUUUACUAUUAUUUGUAUGGACAUUUGGCCAUUUGAUUGAAUCACAAUCAAAUACAUAGGUAGUAUAAUGGAUAUCCUUAAACACGAAACUCACAAAUUGUACUUGUGUUUUUUAUUUUAUUGCAUAUACAAUUAAAUUUGUAUACUGUUAAUUAUUUAUUUAUAAAUAUUUUAUAAUAUAAUAUAUUUAAAUCAUAGUUUUUUUUUUCUAUUCUGUAUUUCUUAUUAUUUACAAAAAAUGAUUUGUUUAGUUAUCUUAGUUACACAAUAUUAACCAACUGUAACCAAUGAAUGAAUGAUUAAUGUGUUAAACAGAUAUUACAAUAAUUUUAAUUAAAAAUUACCUGUUUUAGAGCUCAUAUAUAUACAUGAUCAUAGGAAACUUUGAAUAAACUGAAAAAAGAAUAUAUAUCAUAUUUAUUGAUAUGAAUAAUUUAUUAAAUCUAGUCAUCAGUAAUGGGUAUUAGCUCUCAUAGAUUUUAAGGUUUUUUUGGAUACACUUGACCUUUAUAACAUUUAUAACCUUUAUGCAAUAUUCUUUUUGCUGUAUUUUACUUCUGCCUGUAUUCAAAAAUUCUUUCACUUUACUCACUAUUUCCUUGAAAUCCUAAGAAUAUGUAUUUGUUGAAAUUUUAAAUAAUUUUUUUAUGUUAUCUUACUUUUUAAAAGUACCAAUGUAUAGAUUACUAGCAUGACAAUGUUCUAAAUCUAGUUGUGGGUUUUGUUAAUCUAUGUAUUUUGUAUAUAUAUAGGGUGAUUAUUUUAUCACGAACCAGCAAUUUUCUCAGAGGAUUUUAAGUGAGUUUGAUUUCUGUUUGUUUUUUCAAUCAUUGGUGAAUAGGGUAAGCUUUAUUUUAAAAUUAUUUUUAAUUUUUACUCCAACUCCAUGUUGCUUAAAUAAGUAUGCCUGUAUAUUUGAUAAAAAUAACACUAAUAUCAAAUUUACUGUAUGUAAGAUAUAACCAUUUAAAGUUUAAAUUUUUUGGCUGCACCCCAUAACUGUAUUCCGUAUGUCCUAUUCAAAUCUGAAUUUAAAAAAUGGAGUCCCCAUUUGAAAAACAAAAGUUUGUUAUUUAAGGUAUAUGGAGUAUUAAUAUUAAAAUAAAAAUGGUUUUAAAAUAAAGCUUAACCGAAUAAAAACAUAAAAAUCAUAUUCAGUUAAAAUCCUUUGAAAAAAUUGCUGAUUCAUGAUAAAAAAAAUCACUCUGUAUACAUACAUUAAUAAAUAAAUUACAAUUUUUAUAUAUUCUACGAAUAUUUUUAUAGAUUAUUUUUGUUUUUAUUAUAUUUUUUUCUUUUUAUUUCAUAAUGCUGACUUUUACAGUACUUUAAUUGUUUUCUUUCAUUUUUAUUUCUUCUAUUUGAAUCUAUUAUGUAUGUUGAAUAUGUUAUCAAAAAAGAUAAUUAUGUUAUUUCUUGACAUUAUAUUACUUUAAUUAUUAUUGUGUUAUUUACAUAUGUAAUAUUAAUAUUAUUUUUAUUUUUAAAGUAAAGUAAGACUCCCUAUUCCCACCACAAGCAUUGUUUACAGGGAGUAGGUACCAACAUUAUAUGUUUAAUUUUGUUUUGUAUAGUAUGUACAGUGAAACCUCUGAAUAGUGGACACUCUUGGUCACCAACAUUUUGUCCGUUAUUCGGAGGUGUCCGUUAUUUAGAGGGGAUAAAUGUUUGAAAUUUAUUUGUAUAAUAAUGUACUAUGUAUGUACAUACAUACAUAUAUGUAAUGUUAUUACUUAUUAUUUAUUGAAAAUUAUUACAUUUUUAUAUUUUUGCAAAUUACAUAUUUUAAUUAUUAAUUACAUAUUAUUAUUUAAAGUAUAUUUUUAUACAUGUUGUACAUAUUUUUAAAUUAUUUUUGUUUAAAAAAAUCGGUNUUGUAAUUACACCUUCUCUGUACAAUCUCAUUAGUAAUAUCAUUCGCCAAUGUUACAGCAGAAGUAAAAAUAGAAUUGCUCUUUACCUCUAUUGAUGAAAUAAAAUGAUUUACGCUCUUUACAGCAGACAAAGCAUGCUGUAAACUUGUUAUUUGAUAUUUUGAAGUUUCUGCUUCUUCAGGCUCGUCUUCUUCCUCAUUUUCGGGCUCGUCGGGCUCAUCAGGAUCAUCGGUGCCCGUUAGAUUGGUCUCGUGAGUGGAAAUGAUUUCGUCUAAUACAAAAUAUGUUUCUACUUCAACACUGCUGUCGAUCAGUGUGAUGAGAGCUAAAAGUUCUCCAUCUAUUAUGGAUUGUUCUCCAGUAUCAAUUGUUUGUCCUAAUUGUUCAUCGACUUGGUGACUGAAACCACAUCGCAAGAAGCAUUUUUUGACAGUUUCAGGCUUGAUUUGGCUUGAGCAGAAGCCACCCAAUACACAGCGUCCAAAACAUUUAUAGCGCUAGAUUCUCCAGCAUCCAAAUCAGCAACUGCUUUUUGUAACCGUUGCUUACGAUAGAGCUUUUUAAAUUGUUGGAUUAUGCCCUGGUCCAAAGGUUGGCAGUGAGACGUCAUAUUUGGGGGAAAAAAGACUAGCUCGACAUUUUGCAGUUGAAGAUGGGGAUAAGGAGCUGCAUUGUCGACAAAAAGUAGUACUUUUCUUUGACUUUUAAUCAUUUGUUUAUCGAAUUUCAUGAGCCAGUCUGUCAUAAUCUGUGUCGUCAUCCAGGCCUUUUUAUUCCAACAUCAGUCAACGGGAAAUUUAUUUAGGUCUAAUUUUUUGAAAGCUCGCGGUCGUUUUGCCUUACCUAUGACGAGAGGACGUUCAAAUUCACCUAUUAUAUUACAGCACAAUAGCACAGUCAACCGUUCUUUUGAAACUUUUCCACCACUGAGAGAGUGCAUACGAAUGUGAAUACGUAUUUUUUCAAAUAAUGAUUAGGGAUUUACCAUUAUUUAAAAAAUUCCCUAAUAAAAUAAUAUAUAAAUUUAUAAUUAUACAAUUUUAUAAAUAAAAUAAUGUCCGCUAUUCGGAAGUUUUCCUAUUGAAAAGUAGUGAAAAUGUCCCCGUUCCUCAAAAAACGCCCGCUAUUGGGAAGUGUCCGUUAGUGGAGGUUUUACUGUAUAUGUUUUGAUGUUAAAAAUACAAAUAAAUAUAAACAGGGUGAUUCGUUAAAUGUGCAUUUUUGGCAGUGUAAUCACUACCUACUAUUGAUUUUAAAAUAGCAAUCUAUAUUAAAAAUUAAUUAAAAUUAAUUUUGGUGUCAGAAGUUUUCAAUUCCCAUCAACUUUUUGUUGAAAUAUGCUACUUAGGUGGAAGGGAGUAUAGUAGAGUAGCAUUUAUGUGGCAGCAUGCGCGCAGCAAGUGAAUAGUGCUUUACUGUUCUACUCCUACUUAAACUUAAAGUGAAAUUUGGAAUAUUUCAACACUUUAGAAAAAAGUAAAUACUUUACGAAAUAAUUGCUGUGUAUUUGCAUCUAUGAGUAGUUAAUGCACCAGAAUUUUUUUUUUUUCUAUGCCUUCUAAGAAUAUUUAUAUCUUGAACUAUUUCCUUGAUUCUGCUAUAUUGUAUAUGCAAAUGUUAUAGUUUUUAAUUUUUAUAAUUUCAAUUUUUUUACUAUUUACCAAUCUACAUUAUCAAUACCCACCUAUAUUUUAAGCUAUAGUUAAAUAUUAUAGUUACUUAAUAAGAAAGAAAUAAAUUGUUAUACAAAAAAUAUAAUAUAUUCAUAUUUCAUUGUAAUAUGUACCCCAAUAUGAUAAAAUUGAUAUACCUUUUUAAAUAAUUUACAUUGAAUCAGUUUCAUUCAUUAUACACAUAUUAUGCACGUUAUUGAUAACAGUAAACAAAUAUAAAUAUUAUUAUAUUUUUCAUACUUAUUUAUUUAUGAUAAGUUAUAUGAAUAAAGUUUAAACAUAUAAUAAUUCUUGAUAUUAUAUUUUAUACACUCAUAAUAUUGUUUUUAAUAAUCUUAUCUAUAAUACCUAUGCAAGUUAAUUACAUUAUUUAACAUUAGGUACAUUACAUUCAAUUAGGUUACCUAUAUACUAUUAUACAACUUUGUAUUUAUAAAUUUAUCAUACAAAACAUAGAAAAACCCUAUCAAUCUAUACAAAUAGGUUAUAUGCAUGUAUAUUGUAUAUAAAUAUAUAUACACAUACAUAUAUAGAAUAAUUUAGUUUAAAAACGAUUCUGAUCAAUAAGUAUUAAAACUAAUAUAUUCCUCAUUACACUUUUAAGCACUUUUAAAUUAUUUCAUUCUUCUGAUAUAUAAAAAUAUAGGUAGUUUAUGACACAAUACAAUUUAAAUAAAAUUAAUUUUGCAUAAUCACAUAAGUGAAUUUUCCUAUACUAGAAUAUAAAAUAUAUAUUAUAUAACAUUAGUUUAUUUUAAUAAUUUUUGGAUAGUUGUGUAAGUUAAGUUGAACAUUUUUAAAUAUUUGAAUAGCAUUGAAAAUUUAAAACUAUUUUUUUUUUUUUUAUAAAAUCUGCAAUCGACAAUUUUAAUGUAUAAUAAUAAUAUUACGUUUUAAUAGUUAUGUACUUAUAAUAACCACAACACAAAUUAUUAAUCACGGCUACAGCUAUGUAUUAAUCCUACACUUGUCUGGUUAUCAGUUGACUUACUUAGCGCUCAUUACUUUCAACUUAUCUGGUUUUUUAGCCGGUUUGAUCUUACAAAAGAAAAAAAAUUUCUUAUUGUUUUUCCCCUGAACCCUUCAGAUAAAAUAAGAUAUAUUUUAAUAAUAUUAUUUUAAAUUUCAUGAAAAAUAUGUUAAUAAAUUUGUGCUUUAUGUUUUAUUAGUCAUGUUAAAAAUAAUUUUAAUUUGGUUGUGGUUUUUUUAUAUAUAUAGUCUAAGAAGCUUAUCUGUAAAUGAAGUUAUUGUUGCGCCAUCUCCUAACGAUCUACAUCCUGUUAAUUAUGAUGCUGGUGCAGAUCUUUUACAUAAAUACCAGACUGAAUGGAAUCAGCUGCAUUUAUUAGCUGAAGACAAUGCACAUAAAGCUGAGGUUAGUUAUUAAUUAUUGAAAAAAAGAAAUAAUAACCCAAAAAAUGAUUAAUGUCACAUGGUUAUAGGAAGUCAAUGAAAUGAUUAGUCUUUUACACCAUCAAAUGAGUGAACAGUGGAAAAGAAUGGACACUAUCACUACUUGUGUGGAUUCAAUGCCCCAACUCGUAAAAAGUAUUGAAAACGCUAUGAAGGACAUGGGUAAUUUGGAAUCACUAAAUAUGUAAACAAAAAUUUAUCAAAUACAAACUGCAUUUUCAAUGUCAUUUUAGAAAAUAUUAAAACUUUGAUCAAUGAUGUGGAACAUCAGUUAUUGAAGCUGGAAGACGUAGUCGAGGAACAAGAAUUACAAGAACAGAUGUUGAAUGAGCGGUUUCAACUGGCCGUUUAUCGAUCGAAAAAGCUGAAAGAGUUGGAAAAAAUUAGCAGUACAUAAUUGUGAUAUCAUUUUGUAUUGUCAUGAUAUAUUUUAUUAAAAUCAAUGUUUCCAGGUCAAUUGGAAACAGAACAUAAGGAGAAAGUAGCUGAUUUAGAGCAAAAGAUAAACAUCAAACUCAAAGAGAGACAAGAAAUUUUCAAUCAAGUCUUUCAACAAGACAUGCGACAAUAUAUUAUAUCGGGUAUUAUUCCUGUGAUGAAGAGUUCAAGUCAGUAAAAUAAUUAAAAUAUUACAUAUUAUUGCAGUGGUUAUUCCCAUUGAUAACUUUGUACUUUCAGAUAAAAUAUAUUUUCAUAACUGUAAUAUUUAUUAAACUAAUUUUUUGCCUAAGUAUUAAACUAUUAAAACAAUACAAAUGAUGAAUUAUAAAAUUAUUACAAUUUUUUCUGUAAAAAUAUAAUAUGUAAAUUACAAAUUUAUUGAUGAAGACGAAUACUUUGACACAUUGUUUAGUAGUUGAAUAUUAAAAAAAAAUGUAUUAAGGUAUAAAAUAACAGCAAAAUUUUAUUUGUAGGUACAAAUGGACGCGAUGAACUUUCACUUGAAGACAUUGACAUAGAAGAUGACACGGACGCACUGAACGAACUUCUAAAUUCUUGACGGUUUGUUUUAUACUUGAAUGUGGUUACUUAAAUGAGUGAUAUUAUUUUUAAAGGAUUUGUCUUCCAAGUUAAUCUGUAAAGCUGUGAUCUAUAAUAAUUGUUUGAAUGUUUUAUUUUUAAAAAAAAUUAUUAUUUAUUAUUAAUUAUUGUAUCAUAUUAUUAAUUUUUUAAGUAUUUGGAUAUGUAUUGUACUUGUGUAUCACAAUAAUCAAAAUGUAAAAUUAAAAAAUUACAGCAUUACACAUUUAUACUCACUGAUUCUCAAAAAUAAGUGUUUGUGAUAUAUCACUUGUUCACCUCUACACUGCACAUAAUAUUAAAAGAUUUAGUCUCUUUUUUAUUACAUUAAUAUCCUUAGAUUGAACGCAUGUAUAAUCCUGGAAAGCAAUCACACAGACCAUAGAAUUCCGGAUUCGUAUAUAGGUGAACUGUAUUUUCACAGACAGUAGAAAUUCCGAAAGUAUCUAACUGUAUAGUCUUGGACCGUAUAUUUCCGAAAUUUAAAUUUUAAGUGACAUUAACG